AGGCUCUGGUAGAGAGUUCCACAAAUCUGGACCAUGGUGUCUCAUGGAUCUCUGCGCAAUAAGCAAUUUAGGGUUGAUUAAAUGGAAAUUUGAAGAGUUACGGGUAGGGUAAGAAUGAAUAGAUGUAUUCAGAGUAUAAAAAUUGUGGAAUGAAGGUGGGAGCAUGUUAUGUACGUACUUAAACAUAAGUAGUAAACUUUGAAGAGGAUUUAUGUCAAAUACUGUUAGAGUCUUUAGUUUAUGGAAUAAUGGAUUUGUGUGUGAUAAAUAUUGGGAAUCAGUACAGAUUCGAAUUGCUUUUUUCUGUAAUAAGUAUAUUGUAUUAAUUUUAGUUUUUGCACAUGUUGCCCAAACUAUGUUGCAAUAUGAUAUAUAAGGCAAUAUUAAUGAAUUGUAGAGUAUGACAAGAGUUGUAUGUAUGCAGCUGCAGCGCAGAAAUUGGUACUGGUAAAGUGGUAGCAGAAAUAGCGGACCACCCAGGCCCAGGACCAGUUUAAAAUGGCGUCAACAGAUGAGCAAAAGGAAAAGCAGUCCGAACCAUUGGCAAACCAGCAACAAGCACCAUUGCCUCAACCUCAGAAACAAAGGUAUGACUGGUACCAAACAGAUGGGCUUGUUACUAUGAAUAUACUCAUCAAAAAGGCCAAGGAAGAAGAUGUUAAUAUUGUUCUGACCAAGACUACAUUGAGUUCAACAAUCAAGUUGUCCGAUGGGAGUGAUUACAGAUUGAAAUUAGACCUGGCUCACCCGAUCAUUCCAGAGAAGAGCACAACAAGGAUACUAAAUAGUAAAAUAGAGAUUAAAUUGAAGAAAGAAGAAGCCAUCAGAUGGAACAAACUAGAAGGUGAAGAUGAUAUCCCUCAAGCAGUCAAGCCUGCAGUGGAAACAAAGGUUGAAGACAGCAUCCACAAAUACCCAACAUCUAGCCAUGUGACGAGGAACUGGGACCAGAUUGCAAAGGAUUUUGAGAAGGAGGAAGAGGAGAACGCGAAAGGAGAGGAGGCUCUCAACAGUCUCUUCCAGAAGAUCUACUCAGGUGGAGACGAAGAGACGAAGAAAGCCAUGAACAAGUCAUUUGUGGAGUCGGCGGGCACGGUUUUGAGCACUAAUUGGAAAGAUAUCGGUGCCAAGAAGACGGAUAUUAAACCCCCCGACGGCAUGGAGCACAAGAAAUGGGAUUCAUGAUCAUUUCAAGAGUCAAAUUUAAUCUUCAAACAUUUGUUGAACUUUGAAAAGAACCGUUUUGUGGUGUGACAUGGAAGCCCUUUCUCUCAUGGAACGCGAUAUUGGGUACUUCUUCAAGCUCAAUUUGUGAUGUGAGUGUGAUUAACGCUGGAACCAGUAUGCGGUGGUUCUGCCGACAAAAGAGUGUGGCAGAAUGUUUUGCUUGAAUUUACAGACAGUUUAGGCCAAAUAAUAACAUACACCCAUGGAAUUCAGUGAAAUUUGUGCGCUUGCCGAACAUCGUAAAAUUUACUUUAUCUUCAGAAAUAUGAAUACUACCAUGACGAAUUUGGUAUCAAAUGAAAUAGCGUAUCACACUCUUUCACAAGAUUGGGAUUGAAGUAUAUUUCUAUGGAAAAAAUUCUAGCUCGCCUUACAACAAAGAAAGGCAAGCAGAAUAUGUUAUUUGAUUAUGCAAAGUUAAAGAAAGCUAUUCCAAAAGUGUGGUUAAAAGAGUUUUAUACAAAUAUACAGACAGCGAAUGAUUUAAAUUACUUUCUUGAAACUCCUACUUUUUUUCAUUGGAGAAAGGCUCGUUGCAGUGAGUGACAUAAGUAGUAAACGUUUUUAUAAUCUGAUUUGUUUAACACCGAAUUAUACGAAUAGAUGUUGUAUCUUUUGGGAAAAUAUACUGCAGACUGAUAUUUACUGGUUUUCUGUGUUUAAAAGAAACUUGACAUGUAUAGGUGAGCUUCGUUUACGAGAAUUUAAUUUUAAACUUCUAUACAAUUUAUUACCCGUUAGAAGUAAUCUUUUUAAAUGGGGUCUUGCCGACAAUAAAUAUUGUCCGCACUGUCACGUAAAAGAAGACUUAAUACACGCUUUUAUUGAAUGUGAUUUGAACAAACAGUUCUUUUCUUUUGUUAAGAGUGUUGUUAUGUAUACUUUUAAAGUCAAAAUUCAUGUGAAUACUUUUUGUUUACUAAAAAUCAAUACCGAUGUAAACACAGAUAUAACAAUGACAGUCGCCUUUUGGUGUAUACAUAAAAUGUUGCAUAAUAGAAAUAGAUAUGGUAUAGAUAGAAGAGAUUCAAGUUUGAAAUACCUUUUUGUAAGAGAAAUGGAAAAUAGAAUAAUUACAAACAAAGAAUUGAAGAAGCCAGAUAAGAGAUUGCCGGAGAAAAUGUUAAAUGUAUUGUGAUGUUCAGUUUAUUAUGACAUGUGUGAUGAAUUAUGAAUAAAUCCCUCGUUUAGAGGUACAAAAAAAAAAAAAAAGUAUUUCAGGUGGAAUUUUCUUUGAAAAAAAAGGAAUAUUCGUGCCAAAUGUAUUCUAUUGUUUGUUAUUAUAUUUUCAAA